UGCGGUCAAAAGACUCGGGCGCCCGCGUUGCGUGAAAGAGGGGCGCGUGCGCGUGCGCAGGAUCACGUGGUGCUCGAGAUGGCGGCUCCGGCGGAGACCGAGGCGGGCGGCGGAGCGGAGGAGGCGUUUCUCACCUUCUACACUGAGGUUAAACAAAUAGAAAAGCGCGACUCUGUUUUAACAUCAAAGAACCAGAUUGAGAGGCUUACUAGGCCUGGCUCAUCCUAUUUCAAUCUGAAUCCCUUUGAGGUGUUGCAGCUGGAUCCUGAAGUUACAGAUGAAGAAAUAAAGAAAAGAUUCCGUCAGCUAUCCAUACUGGUACACCCUGACAAAAACCAAGAUGAUCCCGAAAGAGCACAGAAGGCAUUUGAAGCUGUCGACAAAGCAUACAAGUUGUUGCUGGACCAGGAACAAAAGAAGAGGGCCUUGGAUGUGAUACAGGCUGGAAAGGAAUAUGUAGAACACAUUGCAAAAGAAAAAAAGAAACAAUUAAAGAAAGAAGGCAAGCCAACAAACAUAGAAGAGGAUGAUCCAGAAGUAUUCAAGCAAGCCAUAUACAAGCAAACAAUGAAGCUGUUUGCAGAACUUGAAAUUAAAAGAAAAGAAAGGGAAGCAAAAGAAAUGCAUGAAAGGAAGCGUCAGAGGGAGGAAGAAAUAGAAGCUCAAGAGAAAGCCAAGCGUGAGCGAGAGUGGCAGAAGAACUUUGAGGAGAGCCGAGAUGGACGUGUGGAUAGCUGGAGGAACUUUCAAGCAAAUACAAAAGGAAAGAAAGAGAAGAAAAACAGGACCUUUUUGAGGCCCCCUAAAGUAAAGAUGGAGCAGCGUGAAUGAAUCUGGCUUUUCCAGGUUUUAGUGGACACUCCUAUAUAACCACGUUUAGCCCUUCCUUUUCCAUAGGAUCUUUGUUUUCAGUACAAUUGAAUCUUGGUCAAAGUAAUUUCUCUCCUCUCCCCAUUUGCCUGGGAUACGUGAUGUAAUGUCAGGGCCAAACCUCCUGCUUUUAGAACCCUUGGCUCCUAAGAACCCACAGUCAUUGCAUAUACUUGUAGUUCCUGUAAUUCUGUAUUCCACGAAUGCUGUUGUUCAGAUUGCCAUCAAGCAUCCAAAAUUGAGCAACGGUCCAGCUUUAAGGCAGUUGCUGAAAAUGGUGCCUAGUGAGUCCCCUGUUCAUCUAGGCCUGUUGUCAAAUUCUCAUCUGCAUCAAUUUCUACUUGUUGGUAGUGAGAACUGGAGCCUGGAGGUGCACAGUUUGAUGUCUCAGAAUUCCCAACUCAACUGUGUGGAGUUAAAAUUAUCCUCUAGGCCUAAUGUCCUGCUGAUAGCAUCUGGAUUCCAGGAUUGGAUAUGGGUGAGUGGCAAGUUGCAAGUAUCAGUUCCAGACCCUUUCUGUAAAUAAAUUUUAAAAAGAAUCUUGAA